AUGACCAUCAGCUCGCAAUAUGCACUUUCGGUCGCGGUUAUGGUGAGCAAGUUUUCGCGGGGUGCACCUGAACUAGCACUGGUACUGGUAGCCGCUGAGAAAAACUAUAUCUUUUUUCAUCGUGAACUAAAAAUGGCAGUUACAUUUUUGGAAAACCUUGAGCGCAAAACUGGCUCAAGUGGGGGGUGCUAUCCGUUAUUGGCCAACAAUCUUGUAUUGGAUCGUACCAAUGACGGACCUGGCGAAGGCUGUUAUAAGCAUUGCUUCCUCUGCACCGAGAUCGCUGAUAAUGAAUUGCCUUGGGAAACCAUGGCUGUUGACUGGUAG